UGCAGUACGAUUGAAAUCGCCAAGUUACACAAAUUUCUAUUAAAAUCGGUCUUUUAGUGUACCUCGGAAAUAUCAAACAUCCGAAUUAAUUUGAACUGGUCACGUAUUAAACACCAACAAGUUUAGUUUACCUAGUCAAUAUUUUCGUUCAGCGUCGUAAAUCUUAGCGUUUUUAUUUUAAUUUACUGCUCGAACUAUUGUAAAGUCGGUCGUAUCGAUCAAACAUUACGAUAUAGGUUAGAGUCGCCGCCAAAUAUCUCGUAAGACGUUUCUCGCACAAGUCGAUGAAUUAAAUUAAAAUGAAGACUGAUAGAUAACGAGCAUAAAAUUUAUUACCUCAAGUAUAAACAUGAGUUUUUCAAGUCGCCGUUCGUAACGCACUUAAUCCUUUUUAAGAUGGAAGAAGGAUUGACGAGGAAAUAGAAAGGAAGAAGAAGCUUCGUUUCGGGAUACCAGAGAAAAUUGCCAGAGCAACGGAAUCUUAACCGCAAAAAUGUUCAAGAAUACCUUUCAAAGCGGAUUCUUAUCCAUUCUGUACAGCAUUGGCAGCAAGCCGCUGCAAAUUUGGGAUAAAAAAGUGAGGAACGGACAUAUCAAGAGGAUCACGGACAAUGAUAUCCAGAGCCUCGUCCUGGAGAUACUCGGUAGUAACGUUAGCACGACGUACAUUACCUGUCCCGCUGAUCCGAGAAAGACCUUAGGUAUAAAAUUGCCCUUUUUGGUCAUGAUCAUUAAGAAUCUGAAGAAGUACUUCACGUUCGAGGUCCAGAUAAUCGACGACAAAAAUGUACGGCGUAGAUUUCGUGCUAGCAAUUACCAGUCGACGACGAGGGUGAAACCAUUCAUCUGCACCAUGCCGAUGAGGCUGGACGAUGGAUGGAAUCAAAUACAGUUCAACUUGGCUGACUUCACACGUCGGGCUUACGGAACGAAUUACGUAGAGACGUUAAGGGUCCAAAUUCAUGCUAACUGUAGGAUACGACGAGUAUACUUUUCCGAUCGAUUAUAUUCGGAGGAUGAAUUGCCGGCGGAAUUUAAACUGUUCUUACCAAUCCAGAACAAGGCAAAAUGUUAGGAACCGAUGACGAGACGUUUCUUCAUGAGAAAAAAUAUCGCGUAAAUAUUCUUUUAAAAUUUGUUUCAAUUACUUUUCGGAGUGAUCAUAUAUAAUAUAAUGCUAUUAUAAUGAAAAUCACAAACUGUUACAUUCUUUAAAAAGGGAACACAUGUGUAUAUAUAUAAAUAUAUGUGUUUCUAAAAUUAAUUUUUUAUAUUAAAAUACAGAUAACGUGUUUACGAUUACAAUU